CCAUCGCAGCGCUUGAGUCGCGAUCAGUUGCUCAGGCCCAGUUCCAAGUUCCCAGCUCCCAGGAUCGUCUCUCUUUUGUUUUUUAUUUUUUGUUUAAGUCAGCAUUCGAGUCAAAAAUGAAGUUAUUUUUAUGUGCCAUUGCUGUGACGCUGUGUGUGGCGACAACCGUUUCCGCCGCCAACUUUGAGUGCCCCAAGGCAAAUGGCCAGUUCGCCGAUGAAGUGCAGUGCGACAAGUUCUACGUCUGCGACGAUGGAGUGGCCAAGGCAAAGCUCUGUCCCGAUGGCCUGGUCUUCGAUCCCCUCAACCGCAAGUUCAACAAGUGCGACCAGCCCUUCAAUGUAGACUGCGAGGACCGCACGGAGCUCCAGGAGCCCAAGUCCAGCAAGUACUGCCCGCGCAAGAACGGAUUCUUCGCCCAUCCCGAUCCCGCCGUGUGCAACAUCUUCUACAACUGCAUCGAAGGCGACGCCCUGGAGACCAAGUGCACCGUGGGUCUGCACUUCGAUGAGUACUCGGGCACCUGUGUGUGGCCCGAUACCGCGAAGCGCGAGGGCUGCAACCCAGAGCAGAGAACUUCCGAGACCGGCUUCGUGUGCCCCAAGGAUCAGCCAAAGACCGAUGACCGCGGCCAGGUGGUGACCCAUCCCAAGUAUCCCCAUCCCACCGACUGCCAGAAGUUCUACGUGUGCCUGAACGGCGAGGAUCCCAGGGAUCUGGGCUGCCAGCUGGGCGAGGUCUACAACGAUGCCACCGAGAUGUGCGAUGCCCCCGAGAAUGUGCCCGGCUGCGAGGACUGGUACAAGGAUGUCGACGACAAGAAGGACUAAGCCCCUUCCGGCCGACCUUUCUCAUCACAUCCACACUCACACUCAUGCACACAAGCACACUGAGAAAAAACAAUCGAAACAAAAAACACAAAACCGAUUCGCGUCUUAGUCACUUAAAUUUAGUAGUUCUAGCCCAUUUCCUAUAGAACGUAUGUGUAGCAGUUAAACUUCAAUACUCUGUUUACCCUCUAUUCUAUCUAUCUACUGUUCUUUCUCUUUCCUUACUAUCUGAUCUGUCUCAAAUCACUUACUUUCCUACUUUCUAUAUCUUUUUAUCUCUGUGCCCAACCGAAUUCUACCAAAUUGUUGUGUAUAUAUUUCCCAUUUCCAGACUUUCGCCUUAAUUUUAUACAAAAGAAUAAACUGAUUUUUUUAUAAACUA